CAAACUGUUUCAGUAUAAUAAAGAAAAUAGAAUAAGAAUAGUCCUAAUACAAAUUAGAUACAGAGAUGAUCAUGGACAAUUAUCAAUCAUUAUUAUAAAUAUUAGUAAUUAGCUUUUAAUAUUACUCUUUGUGGCAUUACUAAUAUAACCUAGGAAUAACAGGCGGGUAUAGGGUCAGGUGCUGAAGGGACAUUGUGAGAAGUGACCUAGAAGGCAAGAGGUGAGCCCUCUGUCACGCCAACAUAAGGGCCGCUUGAGGGCUCCUUGGUCAAGUGGUAACGCCAGUGCCUGGGAAGGCACCUGUUACUUAGCAGACCGUGAAAGGGAGUCUCCUUUCCUUGGAGGAGUCAGGGAACACUCUGCUCCACCAGCUUCUUGUGGGAGGCUGGAUAUUCUCCAGGCCUGGCCGCAGUCAUCCGGAGGCCUAACCCCCUCCCUGUGGUGCUUGAAUGAUCACACUCCUUGUCCACUUUCAUGUUCCUCCCGUACUCCUGGUUCCUCUUUGAAGUUCGUAGUAGAUAGCGGUAGAAGAAAUAGUGAAAGUCUUAAAGUCUUUGAUCGUUCCUCUAAGUGCAGAGAAGAAAAUGCUGACAUAUGCUGCCUUCUCCCUUUGCUUCGGCUGCCUAAGAGGGAAGGGCCCACUGUCCUAUGAUCACGUGACUUGCUUCACUUUAUCACUUAGAAGAUUCACCCUCCUUACCCUGUCCCCUUGUCUUGUAUGCAAUAAAUAAUCAGCGCACCCAGGCGAUCAGGGCCACUACCGGUCUCCACGUCUUGAUGGUAGUGGUCCCCCGGGGCCCAGCUGCUCUUUAUCUCGUGUCUUUAUUACAAUCUCUGGUCUCUGCACACGGGGAGAACACCCGCUAAGCCCCCGUAGGGCUGGACCCUACAGAAAACCACAACCCUCUCUUGCCCUGCUCCUUAGUUACCUCUACCUUUACCUUCCCCUUUGCAGCAAAUUGACCGAAAGAGAAGUUGGUGUUCACAGCCCCUGCGUGCUCUCUGCUCACUCUCCAAACUCCAGCCCCUGGCCCCAGCGCUGCUGGCCCUCGGUGAGUCGCAGUGACCCACCCUGCUGCACCCAGGCUCCCUCCCCCGCAUGUGUGUGCACGCCCUCUCUGGCUUCCAGAAGCCUCUCUCCUGGUUUGUCCUCCGGCCCCCACCCCUAGCACCCCUGUGCCCCUACCUAGUCUCCUUUGCAGAUUCCAAACCUCUUCAAGUUGGAGUCCCAGGGUUCAGGCAUUGGUCCCCAGCCACACCCCACAUGCGAUUCCCACAUAGUUCUCUUCAUCCAGUGCAGCCUCUGCCCACUGCAUCUCCUCUGACACGUCCCAUUCCCCCAAGGGCGCUAGAUAAAGGGGCACCUGCGGACACACACGCUGAGGCUCCUGGGAAGGAGGACCGACCGCCUGUGUUCAGCUUAGAGCCCCCGACCUCCAUCUGUCGCUGCUCCUCGGGGGCUGCUGGUAGUUGUCAUAAUAAACACAGACACCCACGAUGAGACGUGAACACGCUCCUCAGUGACCAUCCUUGGGCAGUGCACAACCUCCCCAGCCAUGCCAGCCCGCGCUCAGGCCUCCCCCGUCUUCCCCGUCUCUCCGGCGUCGGUUCUCAAGCUCGUCCUUCCCCGCCUCAUUUCUCCAAAAGUCCGCAGCAAAUCCUGGCAACUCCGCCUUCAGCAUCUACCGGGAGCGGGCACUUCCCACACCUGCGCAGACCCACCCGGGCCCCAGCCCAGGCAGCCCCUGCACGGGGAGCCCGCGGGUCUCUGGCGCCCGCUCGGGACGCCUCCCCAGCGCUCCCCGCAGAGCGGCCAGGGGGUCUCGCGAGUCCGCGCCUGCUCGGGAUCCCCGGAGCCUCCCCUGGUGCACUGCAGCCACGCAGGCCUGCGUCCCGAGGCCCACACGGCUUCUGCGCGGCAUCCUCAGGACGAUCUGGAGCCAAAUCCACACGGGACGGCACAGCAGCGUCCUGCCGAGCCCGCCUCGUCCGCCAGCGCGCGCGAUUCACCGCGCCUGCUGCGGGACCGGCGGACGCGGGGCUGGGCUGGAAUUGCCGGCUCACGGAGGGCUCCGGCAGUGUUUGGUCAGAGGAGCGCGGCGCUGGUAGCAGGCGACGCCAGGACUGUCCUCCCCAGGUGCUCCCGCCGCGCGCGGAGCUAGGGAGGAGCUGCGGGCGGGGUUGCGGCGUGGGGGCGGGGCUGCGAGGGUGGGGGCGGGGCUGCGGAGCAGAGGGCGUGAGGCGGGGCUGCGAGGGAGGGGGCGGGGCCGUGGGACGGCGGUCCCGAGGCAGGGCGGGGCUGCAGACGUGGGGGCGGAGCUGCGGGCGCGAGGCGGGGCAGGGCUGCGGGGGAGGGGGCGGGGCUACGUGCGUGGGGGCGGGGUGGGGCUGCGGGCCCGACGCGGGACGGGGCUGCGGGCGUGGGGGCGGAGCUGACGUACAGGAAGCAGCUCCCAUUCGCUCUGGGCGGUGGGCGGAGAUUCGGGCGGUACCAGCUCUCCCGGCCGCGGGGGGGACGGCCUGGACCAGCCCACGGUCGCGGGUUAAACAGUACGAGCUCUUCCAGGAUAUUGGUCUCCCCGGGCGGCAGUCUUGCAUUAAACAGUGUUUCCAAGGUGGAAGGGAGGCCGUUUGAACGCCUCGAGACCCCCGGCUGCAAGGAGUGGCCCCCUUCCUCACUUCAGUCAUUUCUUUCCCGCUCUGGUCUCAGUGGUUCCAGUCAGCGAGCAGGACGGAGGAGCCCGGAAGAGGCGCCGUGCACUUCCGGGUCGAAGAGCGCACGGCGGCGGCAGAGGCGGCUGCGGCGGCGGCCGGGCCUAGUAGUGACUCUCGGUCGGGCAGCGGCGGCGAGCGCUCGCGAGCGGCUGCGGGACGCGAGGUUUCCGGAGCUGAGCUCAAUGUGCAGCAAUGGAUGACGACAGCAUGGAUGAGCUUGUGGCCCGGAGCCCAGGGCCGGAUGGACGCCCACAGGUCGGCCCUGCGGACCUGGCAGGUGACUUUGAAGAAAGCAGCGAGGGCAGCAGUGGGGACUCUGGGGACGACAGUGACAGCGAGCAUGGAGAUGGCACAGAUGGAGAAGACGAGGGGGCGUCUGAGGAGGAAGACCUGGAAGACAGAUCUGGUUCCGAGGAUUCUGAAGACGACGGGGAGACAUUGCUGGAGGUAGCGGGUACUCAGGGGAAACUGGAAGCCGCUGGCUCUUUCAAUUCUGAUGAUGAUGCAGAGAGCUGCCCAAUCUGUCUCAACGCAUUCAGAGACCAGGCGGUGGGGACGCCGGAGGACUGUGCCCAUUACUUCUGCCUGGACUGCAUUGUUGAAUGGUCCAAGAAUGCCAAUUCCUGUCCAGUUGAUCGAACUCUAUUUAAGUGCAUUUGUAUUCGAGCUCAAUUUGGUGGUAAAAUCUUAAGAAGGAUCACCACCCUGAGAUGGUAGAAAACAUAAAAAUGCCUGUGUGCACGUCGAGGGAGACCCUCUGGGCCUGUGGAGCCCACAUGGGAAUCUAAGGCAAUGGAUGGAUUCUGGAUUAACGCGUUUCACGCUGGGAAGUGACCGCGGGGAGUUUGGGUCCUGUGUGGUGGUGACCGACGAUUCUGUCCUAGAUCCCAGUGGAGAACACCAAAGCGAGCGAGGAGGAGGACCCGACCUUCUGUGAGGUGUGCGGCAGGAGCGACCGCGAGGACAGGCUUUUGCUCUGCGACGGCUGCGAUGCGGGGUACCACAUGGAAUGCUUGGACCCCCCUCUCCAGGAGGUGCCGGUGGACGAGUGGUUCUGCCCGGAAUGUGCUGCACCUGGUGUUGUCCUUGCCGCUGAUGCGGGUCCCGUGAGUGAGGAGGAGGUCUCCCUGCUCUUGGCUGAUGUGGUGCCCACCACUAGCAGGCUUCGGCCUCGAGCAGGUAGGACCCGGGUGAUAGCCAGGACACGGCAGAGUGAGAGAGUGAGAGCAACCGUGAACCGGAACCGGAUCUCCACUGCCAGGAGAGUCCAGCACACACCAGGGCACCUCGGGUCUUCCCUGCUGGACGAAGCCAUCGAGGCCGUGGCGACUGGCCUGAGCACCGCCGUGUAUCAGCGCCCCCUGACGCCGCGCACUCCCGCCCGACGGAAGAGGAAGACAAGAAGACGGAAGAAAGUGCCGGGAAGAAAGAAAACCCCGUCCGGACCAUCCGCAAAAAGUAAGAGCUCAGCCACAAGAUCUAAGAAACGCCAACAUCGAGUGAAGAAGAGAAGAGGGAAGAAGGUCAAGAGUGAAGCCACCACUCGCUCUCGAAUCGCGCGGACGCUGGGCCUGCGCAGGCCUGUUCACAGCAGCUGCAUCCCAUCAGUGUUGAAGCCAGUGGAGCCCUCCUUGGGGCUGCUGAGAGCGGAUAUUGGAGCUGCCUCUCUGUCUCUGUUUGGAGAUCCCUAUGAGCUGGACCCCUUUGACAGCAGUGAAGAGCUUUCUGCAAACCCUCUUUCCCCUCUGAGUGCCAAGAGACGGGCUCUGUCCCGGUCAGCCCUGCAGUCCCACCAGCCCGUGGCCAGGCCCGUCUCCGUGGGGCUUUCCAGGAGGCGCCUCCCUGCCGCGGUGCCAGAGCCAGACUUGGAGGAGGAGCCAGUGCCUGACCUGCUGGGCAGCAUCCUGUCGGGCCAGAGCCUCCUGAUGCUGGGCAGCAGUGAUGUCAUCAUCCACCGCGACGGCUCCCUCAGCGCCAAGAGGGCGGCUCCAGUUUCUUUUCAGCGAAACUCAGGCAGUCUGUCCAGAGGGGAAGGAUUCAAGGACUGCCUGCAGCCCCGAGCACUGCCCUCCGGGAGCCCGGCCCAAGGCCCGUCAGGAAACAGGCCACAGAGCACAGGGCUCAGCUGUCAAGGCAGGUCCUGCAUCCCCGCCCGCACCUCGGGGGCACCUGUGAGGCUGGACUUGUCAGCAACCCCUGGGUCGGUUCAGGCUCGGAACUUGUCAAAUGGGAGUGCGCCUGGCUUCAGACAGAGUCACAGCCCCUGGUUCAACGGCACCAACAAGCACACUUUGCCCCUUGCUUCUGCCGCGUCUAAGAUCUCAAGCAGAGAUUCUAAGCCCCCAUGUCGCAGUGUGGUGCCGGGGCCUCCCCUGAAACCAGCGCCCAGAAGAACAGACAUCUCUGAGCUACCCAGGAUACCAAAGAUCAGGAGAGAUGACGGUGGUGGCAGACGGGACGCGGCCCCGGCCCACGGGCAGAGCAUUGAGAUCCCCAGUGCCUGCAUCAGCCGACUGACUGGCAGGGAGGGCGCCGGGCAGCCAGGGCAAGGCACACGGGCAGAGAGCGAGGCCAGCAGCAGGGUGCCCCGGGAGCCCGGGGUGCACACGGGCAGCUCCCGGCCCCCAGCCCCCAGCUCCCAUGGCAGUUUGGCCCCACUGGGACCAUCAAGAGGGAAAGGGGUUGGAUCGACCUUUGAGAGCUUCCGGAUCAAUAUUCCUGGAAACAUGGCACAUUCCAGCCAGCUCUCCAGCCCUGGCUUCUGUAACACGUUCCGGCCUGUGGACAAUAAGGAGCAGAGGAAGGAGAACCCCUCACCCCUCUUCUCCAUCAAGAAGACGAAGCAGCUCCGGAGCGAGGUCUACGACCCAUCCGACCCCACCGGCUCCGACUCCAGCGCCCCUAGCAGCAGCCCCGAGAGGUCUGGCCCUGGCCUCCUGCCCUCUGAGAUCACACGAACCAUCUCCAUCAACAGCCCGAAGGCCCAGACGGUGCAGGCUGUGCGCUGCGUCACCUCCUACACGGUGGAGAGCAUCUUUGGUACAGAGCCCGAACCCCUUCUUGGACCGUCCUCCGCUGUGUCCAAGCUCCGGGGUGCAGUGGCUGCCGAGGGGGCCUCUGACACGGAGCGAGAGGAACCCACAGAGAGCCAGGGCCUGGCUGCCCGGCUGCGGAGGCCAUCCCCCCCAGAGCCCUGGGAUGAGGAGGAUGGGGCGUCUUGCAGCACCUUCUUUGGCUCUGAGGAGCGGACGGUGACCUGUGUGACUGUCGUGGAGCCGGAAGCCCCACCCAGCCCGGACGUGCCGCAGGCUGCCACCCACAGAGUCGUGGAGCUCAGGCCCCCUUCCCGGUCCCGCUCCACAUCGAGCUCCCGCAGCAGGAAGAAGGCCAAGAGGAAGAGGGUGUCCAGGGAGCACGGACGGACGCGCUCUGAAUCCAGGGACAGGAGCUCGAGGUCAGCGUCACCAUCAGUGGGUGAGGAGCGCCCCAGGAGGCAGCGGUCCAAGGCCAAGAGCCGGCGGUCCUCCAGCGACCGCUCCAGCAGCCGAGAGCGAGCUAAGAGGAAGAAAGCCAAGGACAAGAGCAGGGAGCACAGGCGGGGCCCUUGGGGCCACAGCCGGAGGACGUCCCGGUCGCGGUCGGGGAGCCCUGGCAGCUCUUCCUAUGAGCACUAUGAGAGCAGGAAGAAGAAGAAAAGGAGAUCAGCGUCCAGACCUCGGGGAAGGGAGUGCUCCCCCACCAGCAGCCUGGAGAGGCUCCGCAGGCACAAGCAUCAGCGGGAACGCAGCCACGAGUGGCCAGACAGGAAGGAGAGUGUGGUGUGGCCCCGAGACCGCAGGAAGCGGAGGUCCCGGUCCCCAAGCUCGGAGCACAGGGCACGGGAGCACAGGCGGCCUCGGUCCCGUGAGAAGCGGCCGCAGACCCAGUCCCAUUCCCCAGAGAGGAAGGGGGCUGUGAGGGAGGCUUCCCCAGCGCCCCUUGCACAGGGGGAGCCAGGGCGGGAAGACCUCCCCACCAGGUUGCCAGCCUUGGGGGAAGCACAUGUCUCGCCGGAGGUGGCUACGGCCGACAAGGCCCCCCUGCAGGCUCCCCCUGUCCUGGAGGUGGCAGCUGAGUGUGAGCCCGACGACCUGGACCUGGAUUAUGGCGACUCCGUGGAGGCGGGACACGUCUUUGAUGAUUUCUCAAGCGACGCCGUUUUCAUCCAGCUCGAUGACAUGAGCUCACCACCUUCUCCCGAAAGCACAGACUCUUCCCCGGAGCGAGACUUCCCACUGAAGCCUGCGUUGCCCCCAGCCAGCCUGGCCGUGGCCGCCAUCCAGAGAGAGGUGUCACUGAUGCACGAUGAAGACCCUUCGCAGCCCCCACCCCUGCCAGAGGGCCCCCAGGAGCCACAUUUGCUCAGGCCGGACGCGGCUGAGAAGGCUGAGGCACCCAGUUCCCCGGAUGUGGCGCCUGCGGGGAAGGAAGACAGCCCCUCUAUGAGUGGGAGGGUACAGGAGGCAGCCCGGCCUGAGGAGGUGGUUUCGCAGACCCCCCUGCUGCGGUCCAGAGCCCUGGUGAAGCGGGUCACCUGGAACCUGCAGGAGUCGGAGAGCAGCGCCCCCGCCGAGGACAGAGCCCCCCGGGCACCACUUCACAGGCCACAGAAGCCCCGAGAAGGAGCCUGGGACAUGGAGGACGUGGCCCCCACAGGGGUCAGGCAGGCGUUCUCCGAGCUGCCCUUUCCCAGUCACGUGCUUCCGGAACCCGGGUUCCCAGACACAGACCCCUCUCAGGUUUACAGCCCCGGCCUGCCGCCUGCCCCGGCCCAGCCCUCAAGCAUCCCACCCUGCGCACUGGUCAGCCAGCCCACGGUCCAGUUCAUCCUUCAGGGGAGCCUGCCGCUAGUGGGCUGUGGGGCAGCACAGACCCUGGCCCCAGUGCCCGCUGCCCUGACCCCAGCCUCAGAGCCAGCCAGUCAAGCCACUGCAGCCAGCAACUCGGAGGAGAAGACCCCGGCCCCCAGGCUAGCUGCAGAGAAAACCAAGAAGGAGGAGUACAUGAAGAAGCUGCACAUGCAGGAGCGUGCUGUGGAGGAGGUGAAGCUGGCCAUCAAGCCCUUCUACCAGAAGAGGGAGGUGACCAAGGAGGAGUACAAGGACAUCCUGCGCAAGGCCGUGCAGAAGAUCUGCCACAGCAAGAGUGGAGAGAUCAACCCCGUGAAGGUGGCCAACCUGGUGAAGGCGUACGUGGACAAGUACAGGCACAUGCGCAGACACAAGAAACCAGAGGCCGGCGAGGAGCCGCCCACGCAGGGGGCCGAGGGCUGAGGCCAGGCAAUCACGGGCUAUGCCCGGGGAGCUGUCGGGAGUGGCGGGAAUCGGGGCCAUGCCCGGGGAGCUGUCGGGAGUGGCGGGAAUCGGGGCCAUGCCCGGGGAGCUGUCGGGAGUGGCGGGAAAUGGGGGGCAUCAGCAUGCCUGCCGUCGGGUUCCUGCGCUGACACCUGGUCUGUGCGCCUGUCUUGCUCACAGUUGAAAACUGGACACUUUUGUAUGUAUAUUAUAGAGACACUGUUUCCAUUCUAAUUUAUCAAAAAUGGAUUAUCUUUAGAAA